CAGCAGCUUAGACACACGACAGGCAGACAGGCAGAGCACCAUCACAGGGGCAACAAAGGGACGCAUGGUUCAUCCAAGGCAUCAAAUGAAUAAAUGAUUCAUUGAGACAAGUUGCACUUGCAGACACACGUUUGAUUGCAUCUGUCCUCACCUCAAAGGUUGCAAUAUUACUGAACAGUCAUGGAGCUGGAGCACUUUGAUGAGCGGGACAAGGCUCAGAGAUACACCCGAAGGGGUUCGAGAGGGAAUGGGCUCCCCAGUCCCACUCACAGUGCUCACUGCAGCCUAUACAGAACCAGGACACUGCAAGCACUGAGCUCAGAAAAGAAGGCCAAGAAGAUUCGUUUCUACCGCAAUGGGGACCGCUACUUCAAAGGGAUUGUUUAUGCCAUUUCUCAGGAGAGAUUUAGGUCUAUAGAAGCACUCCUGGCUGACCUCACCAGAUCUCUGUCAGAUAAUGUCAAUUUGCCCCAAGGGGUGCGGACCAUAUAUACCAUUGAUGGGAUGACGAAGAUCACCAACAUGGACCAGCUGGUGGAAGGAGAGAGCUAUGUUUGUGCAUCCAUAGAGCCCUACAAGAAACUGGAAUACACAAAGAAUGUAAAUCCCAACUGGGCGGUUGGUGCUAGGACUGCUGUGUCUGUCCGCGACCCUUCUUCCCUUGGUAGUGCAAAGGCUGGUUUCCCAGAAACUAGAGAGAGCAAGGACUUCAUUAAGCCCAAACUGGUAACCAUUGUCCGCAGUGGAGUAAAGCCUCGCAAGGCCGUACGGGUCUUGCUCAACAAGAAGACUGCACACUCCUUUGAGCAAGUCAUGACUGACAUCACAGAUGCCAUUAAGCUGGACUCAGGAGUCGUCAAAAGGCUAUUCACUGUUGACGGCAAGAUGAUCUCCUGCCUUCAGGACUUUUUUGGGGAAGAUGACAUAUUCUUUGCCUGUGGCCCAGAGAAGUUCCGUUAUCAGGAUGACUUCAACCUGGAUGAAACUGAAUGCAGGGUGGCAAAGUCUGCAUCAUAUGGCCGGCUCCCCUCCGUGCAAGGUCGCUCUUCUCCAAGAAGUGGUGGGAUGUCCCGCAGAAGCAAGUCUCCCUCAUCCACUGGUUCUGCUAAUGGCACUGCAGGCAGUCAACUGUCCACACCUCGAUCUGGAAAGUCUCCCAGCCCCUCUCCAACUAGUCCAGCUAGCCUCAGAAGAAGACAGGGAUCUCAGCACAGUGGCUCUUCACUCUCUUUAGCCUCAACCAAGGUUUGCAGCUCGAUGGAUGAAGGAGAUGGGCCCGGCAGUGAAGGUCUUCUUUUAUUUUGCUCUACAGCUGAGCUUAUGGAUGACUACCCUUCUGUCCCUGCCCCCAUAGCAGAGAGGUACAAAGUGGGGAGAACUUUAGGGGAUGGAAACUUUGCUGUGGUCCGGGAGUGUGUGGAGAAAUCCACUGGAAGAGAGUACGCCCUGAAGAUCAUCAGCAAAGAUAAAUGCAGGGGAAAGGAGCACAUGAUCCAGAGUGAAGUGUCAAUCCUUCGCCGUGUGAAACAUCCCAAUAUCGUACUUUUAAUCGAAGAAAUGGACACCCAUAAUGAGCUCUAUCUUGUAAUGGAGUUAGUGAAGGGGGGUGAUCUCUUUGAUGCAAUCACGUCUUCUAACAAAUACACAGAACGAGACGCGAGCUGUAUGCUGUUCAAUCUGGCAAGUGCCAUCAAGUACCUGCACAGCCUCAAUAUUGUCCACAGAGACAUAAAACCUGAAAACCUGUUGGUCUAUGAGCACCAUGAUGGUAGUAAAUCUCUGAAACUAGGUGACUUUGGCUUGGCUACUGUUGUCAAUGGGCCCCUCUAUACUGUGUGUGGCACACCCACCUACGUAGCACCAGAAAUCGUUGCUGAGGCAGGAUAUGGCCUCAAGGUUGACAUUUGGGCAGCUGGUGUCAUCUCUUACAUACUGCUGUGUGGCUUUCCUCCUUUCCGUGGCAGCAGUGGUGAGGAUCAGGAGGCUCUCUUUGAACAGAUUUUGAGGGGCCAGCUGGACUUCCCUGCACCAUACUGGGACAAUGUGUCUGACACUGCCAAGGCUCUAAUCACUGAGAUGCUGCAGGUAGAGGUGGAUCAGAGAUACACAGCUGUACAGGUGCUCGAUCACCCCUGGGUCAAUGCUGACGGUGCGUCAGAGAAGGAACACCAGUUGCCUGUGGCUGGGAAGAUCAAGAAGCACUUUAACACCGGGCCUCGGCUCAACAACACCACAGCGGGAGUGUCAGUCAUUACAACCACGCCACUUGAUAAAGAGAAGCAAGUUUUCCGACGAAGACGCUACCAGGAUGUGAAGUCUGCACCCAACCUCCCACGCAGUGUUGGUGCCAGCGCCUCCCACAGUGCCAACCCUGGCAUCUUCCCUGUUGACUUCAACUCUGAGUCUGAAGAUCAUUCCCCAAGUUCGGUUGACACUGUCCGUUCACCCAUCUCUCCGUUCUAGCAGCCUUCCUGAGGGCACAGCACCGUCCAUCCCUUCAGAGGGUUGAGUGCAAAACGGAACAACCCAACAUUGGAUUCAGUCUGCUGACUUGGACAUUCACAGACUGCAUAUUUACCUGUACCUAUUUUUUUUUUCCUGUCAUAGUACUUUUAUUUCAAGUCCAAAAUACACUGAUCAGAUAAAGGGGCAGUUAGUCUCUGGAUCAAAGAAUACACAAUAAGAGCAUGCAACAAUCUUUAAUAUAGUUUCCCUUUUCUUUCUUAAAAAAAAAAAAAAAAAAGCCACCAAACUGUAUAAGCCUUAUUUCUACACAGCAAGCACUGGUUCAUUGUAGUACACUAGGGCCCUCUACUGGUUUAUAUUGUACACUGCAGGAAAGAUGGCGUGCUUCAUGAAGCACUUUGCUUUUUAAUGGAGGGUGUAAAUGCAAGACAUUGAAACCUUUAGCUUCUAAAUAUUAAAUUACAUAACUUUGUGAUAUGACAAGUUUGGUGCAUAUAAUUUACUGUAUGGACUUAAACACAAAUGAUUGUUUGAUAAUAACCCUCACAAAACAGCAUUAAUAGUAACAGUCACCUCUCUGUUGUACAGUGUAACAUUUAGGUUACUUUGCUGUGGUACUUGAGGUUCUGGUAUAUAAACCUUAGGCACUGUUUAAGAGAAUUUUAAGAGGACAUGCUGCUAUUAUUGUACCAUAAGCAUUAUCUGUACUGAACAGAUCUUUUGUAGGAUUAGUAUUGUCCUGCCACCCAGUAGCUUGGCUCGUAGAGAAUUGAGGGCACUUAUGUUUGACUGUUGAUGGUCCAGCUUACCUGUGUGCUUGAGGAUGAUUAUUUAAGCAGUAGCUUUGUUACAUGUCUGUGAGAGUGUGGUUGUAAUUUGGUGAUGGUGCAGAUGAAUCUUAGUGCUGUGUAGCUGGUAGUAAGUGCAUGUGUAAAACCUUGCCUUGGCACAUGUGGAUUGAAGUGCAAUUAGGUGUACUGCCCAAUGAGCACACUAUCAAAUUUGUCCUUCACAUGCUGGAGUAAGUGAGAAUGGAUCUGUUGCUGGUAUUAUUGGUAUCCAACUGACGCAUUUCUCUAUCACAGGGGGCAGUUAACUCUUGUGGAACAUCGGGAUUGUUUUUCACACACAGAUAAGAAACAAGUUAAAUGUUGGUAAACAGCAGUGCUUCCAGUAAAAUCCAUUAUUUUAAUAUUUGUUCAUACAGAAAUUUUGUUGAACUUUUUUAAAUAAUCGGAUCAAACAACAUAACCAAGACCACUUCAUACACUGGUUCAUCAGAGACAAAAUAUUCAUGGAUGUGAAUGUCCGCUUCUGUAACCUGCAUGUCUGAUAAUAUGCAUCCUAACUCAGUUGUUCUGGUCUUUUACUAUUCGAUAUACGCCUGUCAGAUAUGAAACCAUUUCUGUUGUCAUUGUUCAUGCUGUCUUGAUGAAUGCAGUUCAGUUAAGGCAGACUAUAGCCAUUCAUACUACAGUUGAGUUAACUUGUAUAUACGUAUUUUAACAGAAAUGUAAUAUCCCACCACUCACUUUGUUGUUAAAGGGCUUCUUAGUUUUUGACCUGAAGGGGGUGAACCAUAAAGCACAAAGAAAGAAAGUUGUUACAGCAACUUUUUGGGAUUGUUUGUUUUCAAGACGGUGUAUGAUUUUCAUCAUCUGAAAAAACAUGUCAUGUUUGUAUACAGUUUGACAAAAUGGUACUCAAAGACAACUGGGAAUGUCACUGUAAUGUGGAAGCAGAUGGAGAAUGUGAAUGCUGUAUUAUAUUCAUCCAUAUUCCAUUAAUGUAAGAACAUUAUAAAACCUGCAUAAGGAAAAAAAUGGUUAUACACUUCUUUUCAAUUCAUUAGAAAAAAAAAAAUAUAGUUCAAAGCAAACUUCCACCAAUGUACUCUGCAAAGAAACUUAACCUGGAAAUAAAAAAGAUUUAAUUAA